AUGUAUCUCAAACCUUAUCAUACACCACAUCUUAAACUGUAUCAUACACCGCAUCCUAAACCUUAUCAUAAACCGAAUCCUAAACCUUAUCAUACAUCAUAUCUCAAACCUUAUCACACAUUGUAUCUCAAACCUUAUCAUACACCACAUCUUAAACUGUAUCAUACACCGCAUCCUAAACCUUAUCAUACAUCAUAUCUCAAACAUUAUCAUACACCGUAUCCUAAACCUUAUAAUACACCGCAUCCUAAACCUUAUCAUACAUCAUAUCUCAAACAUUAUCAUACACCGUAUCCUAAACCUUAUAAUACACCGCAUCCUAAACCUUAUCAUACAUCAUAUCUCAAACAUUAUCAUACACCGUAUCCUAAACCUUAUAAUACACCGCAUCCUAAACCUUAUAAUACACCGCAUCCUAAACCUUAUCAUACACCGUAUCCUAAACCUUAUAAUACACCGUAUCCUAAACCUUAUCAUACACCGUAUCCUAAACCUUAUCAUACAUCAUAUCUCAAACCUUAUCACACAUUAUAUCUCAAACAUUAUCAUACACCGCAUCCUAAACCUUAUCAUACACCAUAUCCUAAACCUUAUCAUACAUCAUAUCUCAAACCUUAUCACACAUUAUAUCUCAAACAUUAUCAUACACCGCAUCCUAAACCUUAUCAUACACCGCAUCCUAAACCUUAUCAUACACCGUAUCCUAAACCUUAUCAUACACCGCAUCCUAAACCUUAUCAUACAUCAUAUCUCAAACCUUAUCACACAUUAUAUCUCAAACCUUAUCAUACACCGUAUCCUAAACCUUAUCAUACACCGUAUCCUAAACCUUAUCAUACAUCAUAUCUCAAACCUUAUCAUACACCACAUCCUAAACCUUAUCAUACAUCAUAUCUCAAACCUUAUCAUACACCACAUCCUAAACCUUAUCAUACAUCAUAUCUCAAACCUUAUCACACAUUAUAUCUCAAACCUUAUCAUACACCGUAUCCUAAACCUUAUCAUACACCGUAUCCUAAACCUUAUCAUACACCGUAUCCUAAACCUUAUCAUACAUCAUAUCUCAAACCUUAUCAUACACCACAUCCUAAACCUUAUCAUACAUCAUAUCUCAAACCUUAUCACACAUUAUAUCUCAAACCUUAUCAUACACCGUAUCCUAAACCUUAUCAUACACCGCAUCCUAAACCUUAUCAUACAUCAUAUCUCAAACCUUAUCACACAUUAUAUCUCAAACCUUAUCAUACACCGUAUCCUAAACCUUAUCAUACACCGCAUCCUAAACCUUAUCACACAUCAUAUCUCAAACCUUAUCACACAUUAUAUCUCAAACCUUAUCAUACACCGUAUCCUAAACCUUAUCAUACACCAUAUCCUAAACCUUAUCAUACAUCAUAUCUCAAACCUUAUCACACAUUAUAUCUCAAACCUUAUCAUACACCGUAUCCUAAACCUUAUCAUACACCGCAUCCUAAACCUUAUCACACAUCAUAUCUCAAACCUUAUCACACAUUAUAUCUCAAACCUUAUCAUACACCGUAUCCUAAACCUUAUCAUACACCAUAUCCUAAACCUUAUCAUACAUCAUAUCUCAAACCUUAUCACACAUUAUAUCUCAAACCUUAUCAUACACCGUAUCCUAAACCUUAUCAUACACCGCAUCCUAAACCUUAUCACACAUCAUAUCUCAAACCUUAUCACACAUUAUAUCUCAAACCUUAUCAUACACCGUAUCCUAAACCUUAUCAUACACCGCAUCCUAAACCUUAUCAUACAUCAUAUCUCAAACCUUAUCACACAUUAUAUCUCAAACCUUAUCAUACACCGUAUCCUAAACCUUAUCAUACACCGCAUCCUAAACCUUAUCACACAUCAUAUCUCAAACCUUAUCACACAUUAUAUCUCAAACAUUAUCAUACACCGCAUCCUAAACCUUAUAAUACACCGCAUCCUAAACCUUAUCAUACAUCAUAG